AUGGAACCAGAGACGUCGAUUCAUACAGAAUUCUACUGGGAGAUGAGGCUGCACAAAGAGUUGGUUGAGUCAUUACAGGAGGCCGAAAGCAUCAUAAUCGAUCUUUGCAAACAGGAUAGCCGGUUUCGUUUCCUCGAAGAAUCUAUCAGCAUGUUUAAGUUCGAUGAGCUCGACCUAUUAUAUACGUUCGGCAAGUACCUAAGAGCCCGUGCCGCACAGAACAACCCUCCCGAGAGAUUAUCGAAGGAUCUAGAGGAAAUACGGUCAGGCCACCGACAUUCAGCACAUGCUCUCUUCCAAAUCGUCCGUUCAGCCAUUUACGAAAUUUUGAACGUGCUUCACAUUAAUAUCUCGAGGGACCAGGUUCCAGCUUCAUACGACAUACCUACCCACAUCAGACUUUUACGUUCUCUAGAGGAAAAGUGUAACAAGCCAUGUUAUCCGUGUGACAAGAAGUCGAAAAAAAUAGAGCGACAACCAUUUAUACCUCAGGACCAUGGGAUAGUGAGGAAGCCAGAAGACUGUGUUUUACAGUAUUUUCACUCUUCUCUGCGCACAACUGAUGGGAACAUAUUACCUGACCGGGUUCGUAUUCUCCAUAUUCUUCCUGGACCGGAAGGAAGCCCAAUUGAAUGCUCCUUGGAGGUGCGUGAUCUGAGUACUGAGGGGAUUGCUGAGGCCUUGUCAUAUGUUUGGGGCCGAAGCCAAGUUCCGAAAUUUAUCAACGUGGAUGGGUGCUCCUUCAAGGUGACCGAGAAUCUCUUCAAUAUCCUUUCUAGCCUACGGGACCGGCACAAUAAACGAGAGAUUUGGAUCGAUGCGAUAUGUAUAAACCAGUCGGAUUCAGACGAGAAAGUGCACCAAGUCCGCCUCAUGCGUGAUAUCUACUCUAAAGCGAAAAAAACUACUAUCUGGUUGUCCGGUCGAACAUUAGAGGAACAGUUAGCCCAAAACUCCCAACUAGGUAUUUCCAACAGCCCAGAUGAUGUCCUCGCUCCCCUCCCACGAAACUUCAUGGGAAACACUAUAGACCAAUAUGACCUUGUUGGAAUCCUUGAAGAAUUCCAUAGAUCGAUAUUAGUUUUGAGAUCAGCUAAUGAGGCUGGCAAGAAGGGCUGGGCGCUAAUAACCAUGUUUAUUCAUUGUAUAAAUGUAAUCAUGUCACAAGAAUGGUGGGAAAGGGUGUGGACUAUACAAGAGGCUGCUCUUCCUCCAGAGCAUCCAUGUAUUCUAUUCCAAGGUCAUACCUUUUCAUUCGGAGACUUAACAGCCGCAUUAACAACCCUCCACGCUUUGCCUGGCUUCGCGUUUGAUGGACCCUCAGAAUUCAUAGACAAAGCAGACGAUCUACCAUCUGAUACUAGGUUUCUCCUGUUAGCCUACCGACAGCAAAUGGCCUAUUGGAUAGGUCGCCGCCGAGAGCCAGUAUUACAGCAUCUCCGACCGGGCCAAGAAAAGACUUACGACUGGGAAAUUCCCACUGAUAGGUCACUUGAUGCCCUCCUUUGUGAAACAGACAGAUAUCGAGCAACAAAUCCUCGGGAUAAGAUUUUUGCGUUGGAAUCCUUGUUACCCAAUAGCCUAGGCCGGCUGAUCUAUGUGGACUACAACGAGUCUGUUGAAGACGUAUUUCGACGCGUGACGGCACGCUGCUACAACUCAUCUGUUGUAACACAGGUUAUGUCAACAAGAUUCAAACUCCUAAUUGAAUCAAAGCCGAGCUCCUCUGAUGUUCCGUCUUGGGUUCACGACUUUGAGUAUUCUGAUGCAACACUUCGACAAGACAGAGACGUACAGAAAGUGACACUUGGUGGAUAUCUUUCAGACAGAAGAAAUUGGCAGCCUGCAUGUAAAGAUUUAAACAAAGACAGCAAAGCUCCCACAACAACCAGUUGCUUUGCCACUCCGACGAUUCUAUUUUGUUCCGGAGUGGAGAUAGAUGUCAUUUGCAGGACGGGUAUAAUACCAGACUUCAGUGGCCCUGAUUGGACGGAUAAACUCAUUGAAUUCACGUUCGAUAUUUUGGAAGGACAUCCGAAUAAAAUACUCGGUAUGAUGGAGCACAUGAUAUAUUUACAAAAAGAACGCCCUGAACUAUUUGAGGAAGGUCAUAUGAUCCAAGAAGGAGGCCUUAGUCCCGACUUGAACCCUUCCGAUGAUUAUAAAGAUGUUUCUACACAGACUCAGCAGGACUAUAAGAACUACUAUAGUAACAUAUUGCCUGUACAAGUCUUUGACUUAUUCACCUUAAAACAUAGCGAUAGACCAGGGAGACUCCUUCGCAAGGCGCGACCAUUUCUGGAUGAGGAAUCUGCGGAUCGGGAAUUCGAAUUUCGAGAACUUGCCGGAAAGGAGUUCUUUAUCACAGAUGGAUGGCUCAUAGGGAUUGCUACGGCGCCUAAUAUCAAAGAAGGCGAUAAAUUGUGCCUGUUCCACAUGUCGCCGGUGUACUAUAUCCUCAGGGAGGCAGAACACCAAGUUGGCAAGGCGCAAGCCGUACAACAGCACCGGAUUGUUUCACGAGCAGCCGUGAACGAAAGUCAGGACCAGAUGGAGGAACGGAUUGAAAAGCUUCCAAGCCGCGACUUUCAGAUAGUUUGAACGGCAGGGUAUCCACAUAUAUUUAUCGUUGUUCUCCUAUCCUCAUCAGUUUCUAUAUCGGUACUUUGUCAUAGAGUUCUUAGUCAGGGGUAAGGGGAAGGGGAAGGGGAGG